CCGCCCGCCCAGUGUACACAGCACAGUGCUCUAAGGAGGGUGUGUGACGCGCGGCCCAGCACCCUCGACCGUGUCUGCCUGACUGACAGGUGACCUCACUUGCUCGGGAUUUUACCUGCCUUCGGCCCCGACCUCCGCCCGUGUGAUCGUGGAUUAUAUGUUGUGCCGUUCAGAUAAUGACCAGCUGGCAGUGGCCAGGAGUGUGAAGUUGCAGUGAGCUGCCACCCCGGCGGUGGUCGUCAAUGCUGUACACGGAUCAGCGCCAGGACAAGAUGGCUUUAGUCGUGCCCCCCGGGUCCACGUGGCGAGACCCGCCCGUGUCUCUACCGCCCACCACGGGGGAAGACGUGACCCGCGAGUUGGGCGCGAGUGUCACCCCGCAGCCCAAUGCCCCCCAGACGCCCACGCCCAACUCGACGGCGGGCAGCGCGCCCUCGUCCGCCCCGAGCCCCACAGGCGACGACAAGAACGCUCAGAAUAUGACCUGCGUCGUGUGCGGCGACAAAAGCUCAGGGAAACACUAUGGCCAGUUCACCUGCGAAGGGUGCAAGAGCUUCUUCAAACGAUCAGUCCGCCGGAACCUGCAAUAUUCGUGCAGGGGCAACCGAAACUGCCCCAUUGACCAACACCACCGUAAUCAGUGCCAAUACUGUCGUCUCAGGAAGUGCUUUAAAGUCGGGAUGAGGAGAGAAGAAAAAAAUAAUGGGCAGCACCUCCUUCUCAUCAGCAGCUCAAACUACCCCCUCGACAAGCUGCAGGCCGAACAAGCGGUCCAGCGCGGGCGCAUCCCGCCGUCGCAGGGCAUGGGCAUGCCGGGCCAGUUCAUGGCCAACGGGGACUCCCUGAACGGACACACGUACCUCUCGUCGUACAUCUCGCUCCUGCUGCGCGCCGAGCCCUUCCCCACCUCGCCCUACGGCCAGUGCAUGAACGCCAACAACAUCAUGGGCGUCGACAACAUCUGCGAGCUGGCGUCGCGGCUGCUCUUCUCCGCCGUCGGCUGGGCCAAGAACAUCCCCUUCUUCCCGGAGCUGCAGGUGACCGACCAGGUGGCGCUGCUGCGGCUCGUCUGGUCCGAGCUGUUCGUGCUCAACGCCUCUCAGUGCUCCAUGCCCCUGCACGUGGCGCCCCUGCUCGCCGCCGCGGGUCUGCACGCCUCCCCGAUGGCGGCCGACAGGGUGGUCGCCUUCAUGGACCACAUCCGCAUCUUCCAGGAGCAGGUGGAGAAGCUGAAGGCGCUGCACGUCGACUCGGCAGAGUACUCGUGUCUCAAGGCGAUCGUCCUCUUCACCUCAGGUAAGUGCGGCGCCCCUGCCCCUGUCUCUGCUUUUUGUUAGGGCGGUCCCUGCUUGGGUCUGCUUGGAUCGAGGCCGCCCCUAGGGAUCUGCUUUUAUCGACGAGGCUCCUGUUUGUACCUGCUUUUUCUCAAGGAGUCGCCUGCGUAUGUUCGCAGUCGAGACGUGAAAACAGAUUUCCUUUCCUUUUCUUUUCUUUCAUUUUUUUUUUUUUUUCAUUCCUUUCGCCCCUUUUUUUGUUCAUCCGAUUGGAACAAAGGAAAGCCUGUUUUGGAAAUACAGGCUGCGGACUCAGGUGCCUAAUUAUGUUGACCCUUUCUGGCACUGGAGCGUUCAGCAACACGCCCACGCUAGGACGCCCAAACAGGCACAACAUAGCCACGUACGAACCUGCCCCCCCCCCCCCCAAAAAA